AUGGAAGGGACGAAGGGUGGAAUGGUAGUCUAUUACAUGUCCGAUGCUCUGUUCGACACUGCCCAGAAGUCAACUGUCACUGCUUUCAAGCCAGGAUUCCGCAUGCUUGUCGGUAACAACAAUGCUAGAGAUCGUGACGACUCCCGCAAAUGGCGCCAACUUAGCUAUACCUGCAUGGAGAAUCAAGCAAGUCGUACUCCCGAGUCUACCGAAUUCCCUCAGGGGCCGUGCAAGCUCGGCAUCAUGGCUAAUCAUCGCUUCCCAACUUGCUGGGAUGGCAAGAACCUUGACUCUCCUAGCCACCAAGACCAUGUAGCGUACCCGGAGACUGGAACGUUUGAGUCUGGUGGCCCCUGCCCCGCCUCACACCCCGUGAAGAUCCCGCAACUCAUGCUCGAGACUGUCUGGGAUACGAGCGCUUUCAACAACAAGAAUGAGUGGCCUACGGAUGGGAGUCAACCAUUUGUUUGGUCGAGUGGCGACAAGUCCGGCUUUUCGAGCCACGCCGAUUAUCUGUUCGGUUGGAAAGGCGAUUCUCUUCAAAAAGCUAUGGAUGCACAUUCAUACGUCAGCGCACCAAUGCUCAAGACGCAGGGUAUUGCGGAUCAGAACAAAUGUACUGUUCCCAGUAUGGUCCACGAGGAUCUCGAUGGCUGGUUGAGCAAGCUCCCUGGUGAUAACAUGGUGAUGUAA